AUGGUAGCGUUGGACGCUUUCACCGAGACAAAUGGUGCCACGGCCAUUGUACCAAAGUCCCAUCUCUGGGGCGAAAAGCGCUUGCCCACUCGAAGUGAGACAUUACCGGUUGUGAUGGAAAGUGGUAGUAUGGCAUACUUCCUAAGUACACUCUGGCAUGGCGGAGGUCAAAACAACUCGAAAGAGGAACGACGCUCUCUCAACAUGCAAUACUGUCAGCCAUGGUUACGUCCGUUUGAGAAUCAUAUUCUGGCAGUGAGUUGGGACAAAUUGAACCAAAUUCCUCCAAAGGUCGUCGAUAUGAUGGGUUAUAAAGUUGGAAUCCCAAUGGUCGGCCAUGUAGAGGGCUCCACCCCUCUCAGGGCAGUUAAUCGCCGACUCAAAGAGUACCGGAAUGAAAAGCUACGUAAUAAGACAAAGCUUUAA